GUCGCGCCGCGCGGGCGCCCAGGGACUGAUCGCCUGCCCACUCCGGCAGCGGCAGCCCAGACGGCAGGCGCGGCGCCGGCGCGGCUAGCAGGGCCUGCGCGGGCGAGCGCCGCCGGGCCGAUCGCUUCGUGCUCGAGGCGGUGCACCCGAGGUGGAAGGGCCACCUGACGUUGCAGCAGGACGGUUCCUUCCACCGCGCGGGGGGCAUCCUCGCCGCAGGGGACGCCGGCAGGUGGACCAUCAGCGGGGGUACGCUGUAUCUUGUGUGGGACAGGUGGGACCCCGAGGAGCUGCAGAUCGCGGACGGUGGCCGCACCUUCGACCCUCUGGCCUUCCGGUUUCCGGCUGACGACGCCCCCAGCCAAAGUGCCGCCGGAGUGGCUGCUGGCGGAGCCCCCGCCCGCGGGCGAUGGGGACGCGCAGAGCCCCCGGGGGAGGGAGAGACGAGCAGGCGGCGCAGGACGGUGGCGCUGGCGCGCGCUGGGGUGACGCAGCGGCGGGCGCAGCGGACGACGACGGCUGGCGCGGCGGCGGCGCAGGCGGCGCGGCUGGCGCCGGGGAUGCUAUGGCCGUGGCGGAGCAGCUGUCGAUCGUGAGGUCGGAUGGGGCCACGUCCAACAACCGCGGGGCGGACGAGGACGAGGACCUCUUUGCGGCGGCCCGCGGCAUGAAGCUGUUCCACAUCUCCGACGUGGACGUGCGCCCGCCUCCCCACACCAUGGAUAGGUCUGGGAUGGCACCCCUGCCGGGCUGGAACGGCAACGUGGGGCGCCAAAGGGUCGAGCGGUGAUGGGGAGCUGGGCCUGCGCGCCGGCGGGGGCCGACACCAUCGGCGUAUCCUUGCGCCCCUCCCCGCCGCCGAUUCAUCCUCAUCCUUCUUUCGCCUUGCUCCUCCUCUCCUCCCCCCCUCCCCGCUAGUGUGCCUGGAACGCCCCGCCGCCGCCCCCGCCGCGAUCCCGGCGGAGGGCGGCGUCCUGAGCGGCGGCGCGCCUCGAAA